GAAUAUUCAUUAGUUACACCCUUAACAAAAUUCAACGCAAGCUGGUUUCCUCUCUGAAAAGAAAAUGAAUAUACUGAUUGCUACUCUAUCCUAUCUCUUGACGAUUUUUCCGAAAGAAAUAUCUUCAGCGUUGUUUCCUUGCAUAAGCUGCCAGAAACCUUCUAUUCUGAAAGUUAAAGUUAAUUACUACCUUGAUUAUCAUGAUCCCUUGCCAAAAGUGGCUAGAAUAACACCAACUGGAAAACUAUAUGUCGGAACGAAUCCUGAACAUACUUUGGUCCAAGGAUAUGCCCAAAAAGUAGGACAAGUACAUAAGUUGUGUCCAAUUCUGUCUGGUUUUCGGAACUUGAAAGGUACAUUAAAAUUAGUUGAAAUUCGCAUAAAGGGCCAAGAGGCCAAAACUCCUAUGAUGAUCCAUCCAACUGAUACAUCCUUAAUUCAUUUAUACUUUAAUGACAUCCCCGAAGCACAGCUUGUUGAAGCCGAAAUUGUGCAUAGCCGCAGAAAACUUCGUUUGUCUAGUACAACUCUUCCUGCCCCGGAGAUCCCAGUUCCUAUUGCUCACCCACCUGCUCACGCUGGAUCCCAAAAUCCUCAAAAUCAAGGUGGACAAGCAAAUCAGCUCACUCGACACCUAAAUGAUUAUAAUGAGGCCUACCAUCUUUCCCCAUUUUAAACAUAUCCUUAUGCCUAAAAUUUUGCCCAAACAUUUCAUGGCCUUCUAAGCGACACCAUAAAUAUCGUGAUCUGACAACCACAUCAUCAGGGAGCCAAUCUCAUGGAAAAUAUAAUUAGUGACAUUUAUCAUACACUAUAAGGACCAUUUUCUUCAGAGAGGAAGUGAAUCAUUCCGGAUAUUGAUAUCAGUGAUACAUUCUCUGAUUAUCAGGCCAUAUUUAUAUAAAAAUGGUUGCUUUGCAUAUUUUUACUCUCAUAAGUUUAUAUAAUUUUCUUCGGUGUUUCAGUUUUUCUAAUUUAAAAGUACAUAUUAAUUGUGUGUUGCCGUGUUUCAAAUUGUAUACCAUGUUUUAAAAAAAUGAUUUGACGUCAAACUUUAGCCUAAAAUUGGAAUAGCAAUAUCCGAUUUCAUGUAAUGAAGUAGUUAAAAUCAUGCAUAAGGUAAUUAGUUUUAAUUUUUAAGUGAUUUGCGAAACGUUAGGCAUGGUCGGGCGCGGUAUACGCUCGAAUGGACGAACGUUCGCGAUUUGCAAAUUAGUUCUAAAAAUGCGGCUGCAAA